AUGUGCUUGCAGAUGAACCUUGUGUACCAAGCAGUAAUAGAGGAGAAACUGCAAGAACUGGAAUUGUUAAUUGCUCAGAAUAAGGAGCAGCAGGAGGAACUAAUGUGGGAACUCGCUGGCCGAAAGACCCAAAGGGCUGGAACCACCAAACCCUACCCAUUAAAUCUUGCUUUGGGCCAUUUCAUGAAACCAUACUUUAAGGAUAAAGUCACUGGAGUGGGGCCUCCAGCCAAUCAAGAGAUGAGAGAAAGAAGUGCCCAUAUUGUAAAAACAUUUCAAGAACUGACCCACAGGAAUUGGAAGCCCUCAGAUACUUUGGAAAUGAGAAAAGCAAUUUUCAGUGAUAAAUUACAGAGGAUGCUGCAGCCCAAAAUUCUUAAGGUAGAAUAUCUACAGCAGAAGCAAGUUAGUGCCAAGAGCGAUAUUGAGAAGAAAAUUUUAGCAAAGCAGAUUCAAGAAGCUGAGCGUGAAAUAGACGAUAUCAACCAACUUAAAGAGGAUGUGUUGCUGGGACAGAGAACUGAUUCCCAUGAUUGGGACAAAAUAGCCAACAUCAAUUUUGAAGGAAAUCACACCCCGGACCGGCUGUGCAGAAUUUGGCAGAAUUUUGAGCACCCACACGUCAACAAAGAAGUCUGGUCAGAAGAAGAGAUCCAAAAAUUGAAGGAGAUAGCAAAGGAUCAUAACUUUGUCAACUGGGAAUCAAUUGCACAGGAAUUGGGGACCCAACGUACAGCAUUCCAGUGUCUUCAGAUGUUCCAGCGCAAUAACAAAGCCUUCAAACGGAGUGAGUUCACGAAGGAGGAAGACGAGAUAUUGACUAAUUUUGUUCAGCGAAUGAGGGUUGGGGAACACAUCCCUUACAAAAAAAUUUCUUAUUUCAUGGAGGGCCGAGACGGUUUGCAGCUCCUGUAUCGAUGGACAAAGUGCCUGGAUCCCAGUUUGAAGAAAGGCCCGUGGACUAAAGAGGAAGAUGAAAUGUUGUUAAAAGCAGUAGCUAAAUAUGGUGAGAAGGACUGGUACAAAAUGCGGCUUGAGGUUCCGGGAAGGAGUGAUGUUCAGUGCCGGGAGAGGUACGUCAAAGGGCUUCAUAAGGAUAUUAAGAAGGGUAAAUGGGACCCGGAGGAGAAGGAGAAACUUCUUGAAUUCACAGCCAAGUAUGGUGUUGGUCACUGGGCACAAGUGAGCAGGGAGGUGCCACACCGGACUUCAGCACAAUGUCUCAGCAAAUGGAAGCAAAUAACCGGCUACUUUAAGAGAAGGAGGAUGAGACUAAGACAGCUAAGACUAAAACGGCUAAAAAAAACAAUCCCACCAAAACUACGAAGACCAAAAAAGCCCCGAAAGGCAAUGAAGAUAAAAAAAGAGAUGGCAAGUGAGGAGGAGAUUAGCAGUGGUAGCAGUAGCAGUGAAAGCAGCAUCAUCAUCAGCAGCAGUGAGAGCGAGGAUGAAACCAUGGAGCUGAUGGACCAAUCCGGAGACGAAGAAAUCUCCAAUUUGCUUAGGUCUGUUUCAGAUUUGGAUUUGUGGAUCCCUAGGAAAAGGAGCCCUGGCUUGCAGGGCAAGAGUCUCCAUGUUUACUCUGCUCCUUCUCAUAACAACAAGCCUCUGAGAAUGAAAAAAAAGAAGAGCAAAGGGAGCUCUUUUCAGUUCAACACCAUUUUGAAGGGUAUUGCCUAUCCUUCAUCCACUGACACAGUUACUGAGACAGUUGAGGACUUCCUGAAAGAGGAGGAGAAGAAUGGACAUGAAAUCCUGCAGAUUCGGGAAGAAGAUAUUAACAAGAUUCUUAUGAGGAACACAAGAGAAAGUGAAAGAAAACAGAUCCAAAGAAUAAAGCAAAGGCAGAUCAAGCCCCCUCCAGAUUCAGAGGCUGAUCAGCAGAAGGACUCCAGCACAUCUUUGUCGCAGACAGCUGUGACACGUCUGUACAGAGCAUCAGUAGAUCGGAAGCUGCUCUGUGCCGUGACGCGAUGGGUAGGAAAUGUGUUUCUUCCACUCUCAACAAACUGUGGAAGGCGUUUUAGAGGAAGAACAAGGGCUGAUGAGAUGAAUAAAAAACUGAGUUGUGUGACUAUAACCAGCACUCCGAUUUUCACCCUCUUCAUUCAGUUUUUCCAGAUAGAUGCAGAAGGCUGUUUGCAGAUGAUCAGGCUGCGGAAAUUUGAAGAAUCAGAGUUUUUCAGAAGAUUCAAAAGCACUACAAUGAAAACCACCAGAAAAAUAGCAGGCUCGGCUCCCUUGUCACCAAAGAGCAUUUUGGUGCAAUCUUUUAAUGACCAGAAAUCCGAUCCUGUGAUUCCCCAAAUAACAGAAAUCACAUCACCACCCCCACAGAAAUGUCGCCAUUCCACACCCAAAAUUCCCAGAGUGAGAUCUGAUGUGCCAGCCCCUAAGCUGAAAACCGUCUCUGAAUUGCUAAGAGAAAAAAGAAUGCGAAAAAAACAAAUGUCACGAAAACUGUUCAAAGCACCACAGUAAUGUCUCGAAAUAUCCUGGUUCCACCACAAAUUAUGAUCCAACAGCCUGUGAACCCAACAGUACGACCUCAGACUAUGGUGUUGCCUGUGGCUCCAACUACUUCACAGAAUAACUCCUGGCCCAUUAGGCCCUUUUCUCCUAUGCCAGCAUGCCAGGUUGUAACAGCAAACAAUGUUUCUUCCAAUCAGAUGUCACUGGUCAGUGGUAGACCCAUUGGCAGACUAGUAGCAGACCCUACAGGAAGUGUACCAGUUCCCCAAAAUGCUAGUGCUCAAAGAACUGUUCAGAUUAGGUCAUCUGGUGUUCCACCAUCACCUCAGCCAAUGCCUCAUCAAGUUACGCUACUGCCCAGAGCAGUAUUCCCUGCACCAAGCCUCAAUGCGCUUCCUGUGACUUUUCUGGUUACUCCUCAAGGUUUGAUUUCAAUUCCAACUCAGGCUUUAUCGUGUUCUAGUUUAACCCUUCAAUCAGGGAACCAGAAGCCCAGAAGUGUAAGCACACCAUUGAAUACUGCAGCCACUGGGACUUUUGUAACUGAAUCGUCUAACAGUAGAGUCUCAAAUGCACAAUUAGAUACUUUGUGUGCUCCAGCCCAACCUUUGCCUGCCACCACUAGCUCUAAAAUACAGCAAAGCAUUGUAAUAUCUUCUUCCAUUGUUAAUUAUCCUCAAGUAUCUGGCACUCAACUGACAAUGUUUGCUCCAACAAUUGCUCCAGUUGAAGGUUCCAAGAUGCCAUCUGUUGCUUUACCUACUAUUACAAGUUCUAUAAGGCAUGAAGACGUGGCUACAACCUCUGUUAGUAGUCAUUUAGUGGUGGGAACAUGUUUGUCUACGCCAGCUUCAUUUGAGUUUUCAAAAAUGCCAUCCCAAAUGUUGCCUACCACUACAAGUUCCUUAAGACAAGAAGGUACUGACAUGAAUGCCUUAGUUAAAAGCCAACCACGGCUGACUGAUUCUUGUUUGCCCAGUCUUACGCCAUCUUCUGCGUCUAAGGUGGCAUGUCAUAUUUUGCCUCCUGUCACAAGUGCUUUAACACCAGUGGACACAACAGCAUUUUCACAGGAUGCAAGCUUUAAAAAGGAGACCAGUUCUCAUUUGCCAAUACUUGCCCCAUCCAAGUCUUCUGCAGUGCUGCCUCAGAUGUUACCUGUUGUUACAAGCUCCUUAAGACAAAGAGGUACUUCAGAGGCCUCUUCAGUUACAAGCCAACCACAGCUGGAAAGCACUUGUUUGCCAAAGUUUGCUCUUGCUCCAGGGCUUCCCGACAAAGCAAGUCAGUUUAAACUCACACCACAAAAAUAUCCUAUUGUUAAAAUCGCUAAACUUUUACCGACAAGUCUUCCCAAAGAGGAUACAGCAAAUGUGACAAGUGAUCCACAGAACAGUCCUGUACCAAACAUCACUAAUCAGACCACUAACCCUCAAAAGAAUAUUUUAGAUGUGAAACUCAUCUCAUUAGAAGAAGAGACAAGUGUGAAUAAAUGGAUUCAAGGAAAGCAAAGGGUAGAAGUAUCUAAGCAAAAAAUGGCUCUUCCUUAUUUGCCUCCUUCUAUUUGCACUCUUAAAACUUUUUCAAGACUUCUGUUAGAGAAAACAACUUUGGAAGAGAAUGCUUUUAAAUUGCUGCCCUUCUCAGACAUCACAGAGGUUAGCUCACUGCAAAUGAAAGUGACUCUCAGUGAUCUGGUGGAAGAGAGGCUUAAGGACAAUUUGGCUUACCAGCAUAUCAAGCAACGAUUCCUCUCUGCAUUUACCAUUCCUGGGUUCCUAGCUGUUCUCCCACCAACUCCUGUUAAUAUAAAGCAGGAGGACAGUGAUGAGGACAUUGAGGAUAUAUUGAAUAAUGAAAUGACAAUGGUUGAGGCUACACAUAAAGGAAAUGAUGCUGCUGCAGUAGGAGAUUUAGUGGACAGUAUAUCUGAAGAGGGUGCACCAACGCUUGCAGAACAGGAGAUAGUGUUACAUUGCAGUACUGAAAACUCAAGCAUCACUGACAACACCGAGAGGACAGUAACCCGAAGAAGUGUGUACUGCCGACCAGUAACCUGA